CUUCACAAUCUCAAUCAUUCAUUCAUUCACUGUUUAGUUUCCUACAUUUUCUUUGAUUUUUCGCAGUUUAGGUUACAGUGAUGAAGCCGUUGCUGUUAUGUUUUGCUUUUGCUGUGAUCGUCGGCAUCGGAAAUGCGGCGGUGAUGGACACCGGAGGGCUUAGCAGAGACAGUUUUCCGAAGGGAUUUGUGUUCGGAACUGCAACUUCAGCUUAUCAAGUUGAAGGGAUGGCUAAUAAAGGCGGCCGAGGACCUUGCAUUUGGGAUGUUUAUGUUAAACAACCAGGCCAUAUUGCUAAUAAUGAUACUGCUGACGUUGCUGUUGACCAGUACCACCAUUACAAGGAAGAUGUAGAUUUGUUGGCAAAUUUCAAUUUUGAUGCUUAUCGGUUCUCUAUUUCAUGGUCAAGGAUCUUUCCAGAGGGUGUUGGAAGAGUAAAUUGGGAGGGAGUUGAUUAUUACAAUAGGUUGAUCAAUUACUUGGUUAAGAAAGGUAUUACUCCGUAUGGGAACUUGUACCAUUACGAUCUCCCUCAAGCUCUUCAGGAGAAGUACAAUGGGUUCUUGAACCGUCAAAUUGUGGAAGAUUAUGCUGAUUAUGCAGAGUUUUGUUUCAAGACAUUUGGUGAUAGAGUCAAGAACUGGUUUACAUUCAAUGAACCCAGGAUCGUGGCUGCUCUUGGCUUUGAUAAUGGCAUCAAUCCUCCUUCAAGGUGUUCCAAAGAAGUUGGAAAUUGCACUGAUGGAAACUCCGCCAUUGAGCCUUACAUUGUUGGACAUAAUUUGAUCUUAUCCCAUGCUGAAGCAGUUAAAAGAUAUCGUGAAAAAUACCAGGCAAAGCAAAAAGGGAGUAUUGGUAUUCUCUUGGAUUUUAAUUGGUAUGAACCUCUCACAAGAUCAAAAGCUGAUAACUAUGCAGCUCAAAGAGCUAGAGAUUUUCAUGUUGGCUGGUUUCUACAUCCCAUUCGGUAUGGCGAGUAUCCCAGAACAAUGCAAGAAAUAGUCGGCAAAAGGCUGCCGAAGUUUACUGAGGAAGAGGUUAAGAUGGUGAAUGGUUCAUUUGAUUAUGUAGGCAUUAACCAAUAUACUACUAGCUAUAUUUCUAAUCCUACAACACCAUCAAAUGUUACAAGCUACCAAUCAGAUUGGAAUGCAGCCUUUGCCAAUGCAAAGUAUGGAGUGCAAAUUGGUCCAAGAGCAAAUUCUUGGUGGCUUUACAUUGUCCCUUGGGGUAUGUACAAAACUGUGACUUAUAUAAAAGAGCGGUACGGGGACAUGAAUGUUAUUAUCUCAGAAAAUGGUAUGGAUGACCCUGGAAAUGCUACACUUCCAAAUGGAUUGAAGGACACCACAAGGAUAAAGUUUUUCAAGGAUUACAUGACUCAGUUGAAGAAAGCCAUUGAUGAAGGAGCCAACGUGACCGGCUAUUUUGCGUGGUCGUUGUUGGAUAACUUUGAAUGGUUAUUAGGAUAUACUUCAAGGUUUGGCAUCGUUUACGUUGAUUACAACAAUCUCAAGAGAUACCCCAAGAUGUCUGCUUAUUGGUUCAAACAAUUACUUGAAAAGAAGCAAUGAAUUGCAGCAAGAAUCAGUUCAUUGAGAGGGAUAAUGGGAAACAAAAUAAAAAGUAGGAGGAUUAGCAUUGAAAAUGCUAGAAGUUUUCUUUUGAGCUGUUUCCUUAGGCCUUAGUUUUUUUUUUUUUCCUUUUUAGAUCCAAAUAAUUAGCUUGUAUCUUAGGUUUUGUUUCAUAAUGAUAAAGCGACGGUUGUGUAUUUUGGAUGUGGUUAUUAUGAUUAUAGACGUAAUAAAUGCUAUUGCGAGAUA